CGACUUACGACAACCAUCACCGUCGACUUCCCUCUCAAGCCACAUACCGCAAUCAUGGCCGAGCAGUUGGUUCUCCGUGGCACCCUUGAGGGCCACUCUGGCUGGGUUACCUCCCUCGCUACCUCUCUCGAGAACCCCAACAUGCUCCUGUCCGGAUCUCGCGACAAGACGCUGAUCAUCUGGAACCUCACCCGCGACGAGACCUCGUACGGUUACCCCAAGAGGAGCCUCCACGGCCACUCCCACAUCGUGUCCGACUGCGUUAUCUCCUCUGACGGUGCCUACGCUCUCUCCUCGUCCUGGGACAAGACUCUCCGCCUCUGGGAGCUCUCCACCGGCAACACCACCCGCCGCUUCGUCGGCCACACCAACGACGUUCUGUCUGUCUCCUUCUCCGCCGACAACCGCCAGAUCGUCUCCGGUUCGCGCGACCGCACUAUCAAGCUCUGGAACACCCUUGGUGACUGCAAGUACACCAUCACCGACAAGGGCCACACCGAGUGGGUCUCUUGCGUCAGGUUCUCGCCCAACCCCCAGAACCCCGUCAUUGUCUCCGCUGGUUGGGACAAGCUUGUCAAGGUUUGGGAGCUCGCUUCUUGCCGUAUCCAGACCGACCACAUCGGCCACACCGGCUACAUCAACACCGUCACCAUCUCCCCUGAUGGUUCGCUCUGCGCUUCCGGUGGCAAGGACGGAACCACCAUGCUCUGGGACCUGAACGAGUCCAAGCACCUGUACUCUCUCACCGCCGGUGACGAGAUCCACGCCCUUGUCUUCUCGCCCAACCGCUACUGGCUGUGCGCUGCCACCUCCUCCAGCAUCAUCAUCUUCGACCUCGAGAAGAAGUCCAAGGUUGACGAGCUGAAGCCUGAGUACAUGGAGGUUGGCAAGAAGAGCAGGGAGCCUGAGUGCGUCUCCUUGGCCUGGAGCGCCGACGGCCAGACCCUCUUCGCUGGUUACACCGACAACAAGAUCCGCUGCUGGGGUGUCAUGUCGAGGGCAUAAGUCCUGAGCGUUGAGUCGAUGUAGUCGUAUUGUACUGUGACAGGUACGAGGUAGUUGGCGGGCGCAAAUGGGAAAAUCACGAUUCCACAUGUCAAUGACAUCUUCUGUAGCUUGCCAUGGGAUAUGAGUGACGCUCAUGAAAUGCUCAGGCGCUUUAUGCAGAGACGGGUUUUGGGCAUGAUCAAUUCCUUUUCGGUAUUAGCACUUCCAGGCGCUCAGAGGCAAUGAAAAUAUCAAGUCCA